AUGGACCUCCCCUAUUACCAUGGCCCUCUGACCAAAAAAGCCUGUGAGUCUUUACUGCUCCAGGAGGGGAAAGAUGGCAAGUUUCUCUUAAGGGACAGUGAGUCGGUACCAGGAGCCCUGUGCCUCUGUGUCUUGUUUCAAAACAAGAUCUACACAUACCGAAUCAUAAAAGAAAAAUAUGGAUACUACACGAUACAGACAGCAGAAAAUAUUAAAAAGAUGUUAUUUCCAAACCUAAAAGAACUAAUCUCCAAGUUUGAAAAACCAGAUCAAGGACUAGUGGUUCAUCUUCGUUAUCCAGUACAGAAGAAUAACAUAUACCAGGGUGAGAGAAACCCACCAGCACCGGCUGCUUUGGAGGAUGAUGACUAUGUGAAUGUCAACAGUGAUGAGUAUGUGCAAGUCUUGCCCUGA